AUGGCCUCCCCAAACCAAUCGCAAACCGCUGCCCCAUCAACCCAACCCCUCACACCCCCAGCCGAGCCCUCCAACACCAACACCACCACCACCAACAACGCCUCGUCCCAACAACAGCAGCCCGCAACCGGAUCCUCCACCACCAGCGCACCAGUCGCACAACCCACACAAGUCCCCUCCACCUCUCUAAAAGACAGCGGCAAGUCCCGUCGCCCCCGAGAUGUCCGUCUCAUCCACAUGCUUCUCGCCUCGCUAGGCGUCACCUCAUACCAAGAACGGGUGCCCCUGCAGCUCCUCGACUUCGCCUACCGCUACACCUCCGGCGUCCUGCAGGACGCGUCCAUCUCGCGACGGAGGGCUAUGCUGGCGCCCUUGCCGGCGUUGCGGCUGAGUAUUGCGUCGCGCUUGCAUUAUCAGUUCCAGACUGGGUUGCCCAAGGAGUUCCUGAUGGAUGUGGCGGCGGAGAGGAAUCGCGUGGCCCUGCCGGGUGCUACGAGGGGGUUGCCGCCGGAGAGGUUCUGUUUGACGGGUGUUGGGUGGAACAUGAAGGAUGAGUGGGAGAGUGAAGGGGAGGAAGAAGUGGAGGAAGAGGAAGAGCCGAAGGAGAGUAAUCAUGCUGGUGCGGGUGGUGAGGAGGAGGAGGGAGAUGGAGGCGAGGAGGAUGAAGAUGGGAAGAUGGAGGAUAUCUUCGGCGAGGAUGCUGUUAUGGGGGAUGGAGAUGGAGAUGACGAUGGAGACAAAGACAUGACGGAUGUUUAA